AUGCAGUGAGUUUAGUAAACAUUUAGAACACUCGGAAAAAUUACAAUUAAUUUCAGGUCUUCAACUUCGGGAUCAUCAAAAAUCACAUCAAAACUUGAGAAAAGUAAAAUAAUUAAGAUUGAUAGAAGAAGUCGGAUAAAUGGUGUGAAAGUUGCAAAAUAUUCAAAAUCAUAUGUGGAAUAUUGCCCGGAUUGUGAGGUUUGUUCAGAAAAAUGUGCCUUGAAAUUGCAAAAAAAAAAUGGGUGGGAGGUUAAUGAAUGGCGAAACUCACUGUAUGGCUUGAAAAUUCCAUGUUGUUUUGAAAUUUUGGGUCUCAUCACCGCUUUUUUCUCAAUAUUCAAUCAAUUCAAUAUUUUUUAGUCCUAUGUCGAAACCUUCGUCGAACAUCAAAUGGGAGCAUGUGCAAUUAUAACUCUUCUAAUUAGUUUAUUAUUAAUUAUCCCAAUUUUCUUCUUUUGUUGUUGUAUUUGUAUUCGAGAUAGCUAUCAUCAUUGUCCCGAAUGUCGAAAACUUUUAGCAGUUCGAAAAAUGAUAUAA